CGACAUAUCGUACUCAAGGCAGUGGUAGUUUUGUAAUACUGUGUCAACUACAAACUAUCGAUCUCUUUGGUUUUCAUAUUUCCACAGAGGGAUCUCCUCUCAAACGAACACACAAGGUUCGAAUCCCAUCCCCGUUUCAUUUCUCUCUCCCUCUUCGUGUACGAAUCGUCUGGAUCCUCACGGUUUCGGUAUUCGAAUCCCUUAAACACCUUCCACUGAGUGCAAAAUGCCUCUCAGACUCGCAAUCAAGAGGAAACUUGCUCAAAGGUCGGAAAGAGUAAAGUCUGUGGACUUGCACCCAACAGAGCCAUGGAUACUGGCAAGUCUGUAUUCAGGAACCGUAUGUAUCUGGAACUACCAAUCUCAGACCAUGGUUAAAUCUUUUGAGGUCACUGAGUUACCAGUCAGGUCGGCUAAAUUUAUAGCACGGAAGCAGUGGGUUGUUGCUGGAGCUGAUGACAUGUUUAUUCGUGUAUACAAUUACAACACAAUGGACAAGAUAAAAGUUUUUGAGGCUCACACAGACUACAUCAGAUGUGUGGCUGUUCAUCCUAAUCUUCCUUAUGUACUGUCUUCAUCUGACGAUAUGCUUAUAAAGCUUUGGGAUUGGGAUAAGGGUUGGGUGUGUACUCAGAUUUUUGAGGGGCAUUCUCAUUAUGUGAUGCAAGUAACAUUUAAUCCUAAAGACACCAACACCUUCGCUAGUGCAUCCCUUGAUCGGACAAUAAAGAUUUGGAACCUUGGAUCCCCCGAUCCUAACUUUACAUUAGAUGCCCAUCAGAAAGGAGUGAAUUGUGUUGAUUAUUUCACAGGAGGUGACAAACCUUACCUCAUUACUGGUUCUGACGAUCACACUGCUAAGGUAUGGGACUACCAAACGAAGAGUUGUGUCCAGACACUUGAAGGUCAUACACACAAUGUCUCUGCAGUCUGUUUUCAUCCGGACCUUCCUAUUAUAAUUACAGGUUCUGAAGAUGGAACAGUUCGCAUAUGGCAUUCAACAACGUAUAGGCUUGAAAAUACAUUAAACUAUGGCCUUGAACGAGUUUGGGCAAUUGGAUACAUGAAGAGCUCACGCCGGGUUGUGAUUGGUUAUGAUGAAGGAACCAUUAUGGUAAAACUUGGCCGGGAAGUACCUAUUGCAAGUAUGGACAACAGUGGAAAGAUAAUAUGGGCUAAGCAUAAUGAAAUUCAAACAGUAAACAUCAGGAGUGUGGGAGCAGAUUUUGAGGUUACUGAUGGAGAGAGAUUACCUUUAGCUGUUAAGGAGAUGGGAACCUGUGAUCUUUACCCUCAAAGCUUGAAGCACAAUCCCAAUGGGAGAUUUGUUGUUGUCUGUGGAGAUGGUGAGUAUAUUAUAUAUACUGCUCUUGCAUGGAGAAACAGGUCAUUUGGUUCAGCUUUGGAGUUCGUUUGGUCGGCUGAUGGAGAAUAUGCUGUGAGAGAAAGCACAUCAAAGAUCAAAAUUUUCAGUAAAAAUUUCCAGGAAAAGAGGAGUAUCCGACCUACCUUUUCAGCCGAGCACAUCUAUGGAGGAACUCUAUUAGCCAUGUGUUCCAAUGACUUUAUUUGUUUCUAUGAUUGGGCAGAGUGCAGACUGAUCCGCCGAAUUGAUGUAAAUGUGAAGAACCUUUAUUGGGCUGAUAGUGGUGAUUUGGUGGCAAUAGCUAGUGAUACAUCAUUUUAUAUCCUGAAGUACAAUCGUGAUGCUGUCUCCUCCUAUUUAGAUAGUGGGAGGCCUGUUGAUGAACAAGGGGUUGAAGAUGCAUUUGAACUCCUGCAUGAAGUGAAUGAACGUGCAAGGACUGGCCUUUGGGUUGGGGAUUGCUUCAUUUACAACAACUCUUCCUGGAGACUGAACUACUGUGUUGGUGGCGAGGUAACCACAAUGUUUCAUUUGGAUCGACCCAUGUAUUUGCUUGGAUAUCUUGCCAGCCAAAGUCGGGUCUAUUUGAUAGACAAAGAGUUCAAUGUUGUUGGAUACACAUUGCUUCUUAGCUUGAUUGAGUACAAGACCCUUGUAAUGCGUGGGGACUAUGAGAGAGCCAAUGAAGUCUUACCUUCAAUUCCCAAGGAGCAUCGUAACAGUGUGGCUCGUUUCUUGGAAGCACGAGGUAUGAUAGAGGAAGCUCUGGAAGUAGCUACUGAUCUGGAUUAUAGAUUUGAUCUUGCGAUACAGCUUGGUAGAUUAGAGAUUGCAAGGGAAAUUGCGGUAGAAGUACAGAGUGAAUCCAAGUGGAAGCAGCUUGGUGAAUUGGCCAUGUCCAUCGGAAAGUUAGACAUGGCUGAGGAAUGUUUGAAGUAUGCUGUAGAUUAUAGUGGUUUGUUAUUGCUGUACUCUUCCCUAGGAGACGCUCAAGGGAUUUCACAACUUGCAACCCUUGCCAAGGAGCAAGGAAAGAAUAACGUUGCGUUCCUUUGUUUAUUUAUGUUGGGUAGAUUGGAAGACUGCCUUCAGUUGUUAGUAGAAAGUAAUCGGAUUCCUGAAGCUGCUUUGAUGGCUCGAUCUUAUCUUCCAAGCAAGGUAUCAGAGAUCGUUGCGAUUUGGAGGAAAGACCUGAAUAAGGUUAACCCAAAAGCUGCCGAGUCAUUGGCUGAUCCUGAGGAGUAUCCUAAUUUGUUUGAUGACUGGCAAGUUGCACUUUCUGUUGAAUCUAGAGCUGCACAGGACAGGGGAGUUUUUAGCCCUGCAGAGGAGUAUGGUAAUCUUGCUGAUAGGCCAUACACAACACUUGUGGAGGCCUUUAGGAGUAUGCAAAUAGAAGGGCAUCUUGAAAAUGGAGACAUCGAUCAUGAGGACACCGAACAGAAUGGAGGAGAAGAGCAAGACAAGCAUAUAGAAGAACACAAUGGAGAUGGGAGCCAAGAGGAGUGCGAGGGUAUUGUGGUUGAUGCUGAUUCAACGGAUGGUGCAGUUCUCGUUAAUGGUAGUGAGGCUGAUGAAGAGUGGGGUACGAAUACCAAAUCAGCCUAAAAGCAAUUGGUUGAGCAAGUGCGAAACGAAAUCCAAUUUUGUCUCUGUGAUUAUGGCACAUAAGUAGGUCGUGCAAGAUGAUUGGUUCCUGGCUGCUGCAUGGAAACACCCUACUUGAGGCUGAGGGAAAGGAAAUAUUUAGCAUGAAAAGGGGGAGCUUUGGUGCCAUGAUAAACGGCAUAAUGGAGGACAUAGAAGUUUCUUUCACCGUGUCGGGAAACAGCGUCCCAAAAGCCCUUGUCAUUCUUUGCAAACUACAUAUAUUAUUGUGAUUUAGAUGUGCCCUUAAAUCAUGUUGUUUAAUCACGUUAGUUUACAAUUCAUUAUCAUCCUCUGGCCUUUGUUCUUUAGGAUUGUCUUGUGCAUCAUCGGCAUUGAAGAAGUUUCCUACUUUUCUCUGUGAAGUUUUGUAUACAUUUUGCACCUUACAUUGUUGAAAUGAGAAUUCUCCUGAUGCAAUUUUCUCAA